AGAGGCCAUUCAAUAUCUUAACCAAAUUGAACAUUGCUUGUUUCUAUCCCUAUAAAAUACAAUGCGUUUUGAAAUAGCAUAUAUAAUACCGCUUUUAGCUGCCCUUACUAUUAUUCAAGCGCAAGUUGAAGACACAAGCAAUCAGCCAAAAAAUAAUGCUCGUAUUUUUUUGAGUACUUUUACGGUGAUCCUCUCCACAGUCACAUCGACUGCUACCACUACAUCUGUUACUACUUGCACCACGUCUGCGGGUACAUUGACAACUUGCUCAGCUGGACGUCGUCGCCGUGGUCUCUUGUACGACGAGGAAGAAAACCAAGGUCGUACACGCCGUGGACUUUUCUAUGAUGAUGAUGAUACUGAAACGAAGGACGGUAGCAUUUCUUUGUCUGAAAACCCAGUAAAGAGAUCUGCUGAACUCACAGAAACUGCUGCGAAAUCUGAAACUACUUUUGAAAAAACAAAUUCUAUCCCCCUAACCAUUCAAUCGGGAUUCAGCCUACCAGAGGGAUUCCCCGCUGGGGCUCCUCGGUUCAAACUGGCCUAUGGCACGACAACAUUGACAACUACAUCAACUUCUCUCUCAACCCGUUCUUUGACGGCUACUUGUGCCAGCACCACAAACUAUUCAACUUGCUCCAAUGCUGGUAAAUAGGAUUUUCCCACCCAAAUAUAAUUGAUUAUAGGACUACCCACACAUGAAAAAGAAUAGUGCCAUAAGUCACUUUAAUAAUAAUUAUUGAAAACAAAAACUAAUUUUCAUGUAAGCAUUUUUGUACUGAAUGAUUUUGUUUGAUUUUUGUCAAAAUUUGUAAUACACAGUAAUGCAGCAAAA